AUGUCACAAAGAAGUGCUGAGGAUGCUACUACUGAAGCAGUGGAUGUAGAAAUGGUGGACUUCGUUGAAUCGAACUCUACAGGCUCCAGUGACUACGUAGAGUUGUGGAUAGAUUUAUUUCUUGGAAUGAAGGGCCAUGAAUACUUCUGUGACAUAGACACAGAGUAUAUCACUGAUAGAUUCAACUUGAUUAAUUUACAGAAAACUGUUAGCAAGUUUACUCAGGUGAUACAAUACAUGGUGGACGAACUAGAUGAAGCAUUAGUGGAAGCGAUGCCCAGAACAAAACUAAACCAGCUAGAGUCAGAUGCAAGGAAGCUUUACGGCCUAAUUCAUGCAAGGUAUAUUAUAACAGCCAAGGGACUGCAAAAAAUGCUGCAGAAAUACAGAGAUGCGGAUUUUGGAAGGUGUCCUCGAGUCCACUGCAAUUUCCAGCCCUUACUACCUGUGGGCUUACAUGAUGUUCCGGGCAUAGACUGUGUAAAAUUAUACUGUCCAUCAUGUGAGGACUUGUACAUUCCGAAAUCUUCAAGACACAGUGGAAUCGACGGCGCCUACUUUGGCACAAGUUUUCCAGGAAUGUUUCUCCAAGCUUUUCCAGAGGUUGUUCCUAAACACCCUACAAAACGGUAUGUUCCUAAAGUAUUUGGCUUUGAACUACAUAAGCAGGCUCAGCUAGCUCGCUGGCAAGAAUUACAACGGUUAAAGCUUGAAAAAGAGCUAGUUGAGAGUGGCAUCGAUUUAUCCAAGAGUGGUGGUUAUAAGAAAUAA